AUAAAGGAGGUAUGGACCUGUUGCGCUCUCCGCACCCUCCGGAGAGCCGUUGUCAAACCGAGUUCAGAAAGUUUCGCUUCCCCGUUGCAUGAAUGGAUUUUAAAGAGCUUGGAGCUGAUUGCUCGGAGGGAGACACGGAGGAUCUGGACAGCGUCAAGGCGCUGACGGAGAAGCUGAAGCUGCAGACGCGCAGACCGUCCUAUCUGGAGUGGCAAGAACGGCUGCAGAGUCGCCCUUGGAUGGACAGGAGCCCCGCGGACUGUCCGGACCCCGCCGAAGAAGACGUUUCCAUGCCCGCAAUUUUGAGAAAUGACAACUCAGAGCUUGUUGUGCGCAACAUAUGCGGCUUUGAUACCAUUGAUGAUGCGCUGGAGUUUCUGAGAAAAGAGCUGAGGGAGAUGCAAGUCCAGGACAACCGACUGGCCCGACAGCUGAUCCGCCUUCGUGGGGAGAUCCACCGGCUGAAAGUGGAGCAGGUGUGCCACCGUCACAAGGAGAUGCUGGAUGAUGCCACUUACGAGUUGGAGGAGUGCGAGGAGGAGUCGGACCUACUGUGUGACAUCCCCAUGAAGGCCGCCUUUGCUCUCUCCACGCCUCUGAAACACCUAGGCCUCACCAAAAUGAACAUCAACUCCAGACGUUUCUCACUGUGUUGAAAAGGGUCAAAUUUUGCCCACACAGAAACAGAUGUUCCCGUAUCUCUUCUCUGUGUUUGUACAAGGCACGUCACUAGAGUUACUUCCUUUCCAAGGGCGGACUGGUGAGUGGCAGGCAGCAAUUGUUGCCAGCAGUGAAAAUGAAAAUGUCUGCCUUGAUUGAUUUGUGUCAGGGUAUGACAUGAAUGAGGAAGUAUUUAUGUACUCACCUGCAGAAGGCAUGCACACCUCGACUACUGCCAGAACUCCCUGCUGGUCCGUGUCUGAUUCUGCUAUUUUAUACCACAGACUUGUCACAGAAACAAAACAAAAAAACCUUUGAAUGAAUUCACUAUAUUGCCAAAAGCAUUAAGACAAACCUCCAAGUCCUUGAUUUCAUUUGUUCCAAACACCUCCGUGGCCACACCGAGGCAGCCGACUGCAUGUGCAAAUAUUUCUAGAGCAGUCUCAGGAUGUCCGUGAAGUCAAGUGUAGUACAGUGAUAGAAUCCUGCUUGUGCAAAAGUCAAUUGUUUGGGGCAUCAGAACGAAGUGGGAACAGUUUUGAGGAGACAACGUAAAAUCAUAAAAUCAGACACAUAGUGUGUACAAGUUGCCACCUAUCUUGAAGAGUCAAUCUCUAUUUACCUUAUUGAAGGUUUCUUUACCAUUGGAUGAAUUUGGGUUUGCCAGUUGCUAAGAGAAUGGUACUUGCUUGCUCUGUGCCAUGCAUAAAUAUUGGUGGUGGGGGUAUGGUGUGUGGUUGUUCCUCAGGAAUGGGGCUGAGGAACAACCACAUUCAGCAAACCCCAUUAGGUUCAUUGAAGGUCCUCUCCAUCCUGCAGAAUACAAGGACAUUUGGAUGCUUUCUCAUUCCAGCUUCACCGCCCUCCAGAGCAAAAAUAAGAUCCAUGUACACUAGUGAGUUUGGUGUAGAGGUACUUGACAGUCCUGAAAAGAGCCUUGACUUAAACCUGAUAGAGCUCAUUUGGAAAUGAAUUAGAGUGAAGACCGAGAAGCAGACCAUUGGGAAUGACCUCACAAGUGUUCUCUUGAAAUAAAGGUCAAAUAUUUCCAUAAACACACUCUUAAACCUUGUGGAAAUAGUUUCUAGAGGAGUUGAGGUCGUCAAAUCUUACAUGCGUGGGGGAACUAUUUAAAUUGAUGUAAACGUCAUGGUGAGCAUCUGAAUACUUUCGGCAACACAUUGUAUCAUGUUAUUUAACUGAAACGUGACCCACCAGAGACAUUUUUGUUUACUUUCUCAAAGACCCAGGGACCAAUUAUUGUGACAGAAUCUUCAAACAGAAAGGUAAAAUAUAAUUCGUGAAGCAAAAAAGGAAUUUGGCCAUCAAAGCGGUGAAAGUGAGACUGAAGACAAAAGGUCAAACUUUGUCUGAGCUGGUUGAGGGACGAGGCGCCAACAAGUCGGAUCCUUUCAGGCUGUCACAUGCUUUAAUGAAAUCAAAGAGCUCAGAGCCGGUGUGUAUUUGUUGGGCCUGGUGGAACUCAGCGAGUUUCUAUGCUAUACAACGUCCCCUCACACAGCAGCACUCUUUAAGCCUUCAUCAGUUUCCACCAGAAAGCAGGAGGUCACCCUCAUGAUUUGUUUUACACCUCUCCCUCACGGACCAAAAAUAUCCCUUCAACCUCAGCACGGCUGUGACAAGAGCCAGCAGGCUGUUUUGUUUCCCAGUGACAUGUUGAGAUGCUGCAGAGCACUGACUGUAUAAAGCUGACCAAGUGUUGCUUUUCCCCCCUUGAGCACACACUCCCACCCAAGAUGAAUGAUUUGCUUUAUACUUAAGAAACAAAUGCGCGACUGAUUACUUUUGCUUCUCGUAUGUUGAUGUAUUUUAGUUAAAAGUAUAACAUUGAGUUCUAUGCAGAUUUUUGGUUGUUAAGUACUGAUGUAAAUGUAUCUACUAUGCAUGCGAGUAUAAAAGAAAAUACCUUGGCUG